UUGUGCUUUUUAAUAUUAAUAAAAUACAAAUGAUGUUGUAAAAUAACAAACAGUAAUGUCAUACAGCGUGAAAUUAUUUUCCAGCAAAGAACCAGCGUUUUUAUUAUAGCACUUCUGAAUGAGAUUUUUUGUUGAUUAUCGCUAACGUACGAUUCAGGAUGAAUAUUACAGAAAAUAUGAUUCAACCUCCUAUGCGUCACUUCAUGUCUUUGCCUCUCCCUCAAAAUGAUAUUACAGACUCUUCUCCAGCGGCAAUCAACAAGUCAUUCAUCAAUGAGACUGUUAUUCCCCCUAUAUUCUUACAGACGAUAGCUGCACAGACCAUUUCUGGAGUAUUUGUUUGGGCUGCUUUACUAAUGACAUGCUAUCAAAUAUACUUGCACCUUUGUUACUACACCAGUCCUGCUGAGCAGCGCUGGAUAGUUCGAAUCCUCUUCAUUGUGCCUAUAUAUGCUUUUGAUUCAUGGUUAUCUUUGUUGUUCUUUCAUGAUAUGUACUAUGUAUAUUUUGACAGCGUACGAAACUGGUAUGAGGCUUUUGUAAUAUACAAUUUCUUAAGUUUGUGUUAUGAGUAUUUGGGUGGUGAAAGUAAUAUAAUGGCAGAAAUUCGAGGCAAACCAAUUAAGUCUAGUUACUUAUACGGCACAUGUUGUCUCGGUGGCAAAACAUAUACUAUUGGAGUGUUACGAUUUUGCAAACAGGCUACUUUGCAAUUUUGUGCAGUGAAACCACUGAUGUCUGUAAUUACUUUAAUUUUGCAACCUUUUGGGAAAUAUUCUGAUGGUGACUGGAGUCCCAACAGUGGUUAUUUAUACAUCACCAUAAUAUACAACAUUAGUGUAACUUUAGCGUUGUAUGGAAUGGUAUUAUUUUAUUUUGCUACGAAAGAACUUCUUACUCCUUAUGAACCGGUGUGGAAAUUUUGCACUAUUAAAUCAGUUAUUUUCCUAUCAUUUUGGCAAGGUGUUGUCCUUGCUAUCCUAGAAAAAGGGGGAGUUAUAUCUCCAAUUUAUUCAAAUAGAGGUUUUCCUACAGCAAGUGCUGGUACAGUAUCAGCUGGCUAUCAAAAUUUCCUUAUUUGCAUUGAAAUGUUUUUUGCUUCCUUGGCUCUUAGAUGUGCCUUUCCUCAUCAUGUUUACAUGACAGGCUUUGCCACAGAUGGUUAUGGAAGAUCUGUAACUAUGCAGAGUAUAUCAAGCAGUUUGAAGGAAACUAUGAACCCAAAAGAUAUCAUGAACGAUGCCAUACAUAAUUUCCAUCCUCAGUAUCAGCAGUACACCCAGUAUACUGCUCCACCACCCCCUCUGCCGGGGAUGAGUGGCGAUUCUGCUGCCAACAAUCCUGAAGAUUUAAAUAACGGGAAGAGAGCAGCAAGUACCAAUGCAAAUAAUGCACAAGCUGCACCUCCCCCUCUGCAGUAUGGAGAGAAAAUACUUUUGUUGAGCUCCGAUGAUGAAUUUCAGUGAUUCUAAAAUCAAUGUUUUCUGAUAUGAUCAAUGUGAAAAAUCAUGUGCUUUUAUGAUCCAAUGGACUUUGUGAUUGACAUCAGUUUUCCAGCUGUUAGAUGCUUUCAUUGAUCAAG